GAUGUUUUCACCACAAAGUAGGUUGGAAUUUUCCUAUUUCUAUUUACUGAAAUAUAGUAGAGUAGAUAUGCUAAAGCCUUGCAAGAUUUGAGCUUUUUUAGAGAACCGGUUGAUCAUUGGUUGAUCCUGAUGCCGUACACUCGCCAUCAUCAUCAGUGCAAUUCAAGAGACAUCUUCACAAUUCAUCAGGUCAGGUGAUGACAACUGGUUUGACCAUUCCACAUUUAAUGACUUGUGAACCGAUGCUGAGAUGUUUAAGAGGUGAAGACUAUUCAGGUCAAACCAUUUUCAUAGAUUUUGAUCAACAACAUGACCGUAAACAUCUGAUCGUGUAGGAAACAGUAGACAAUUGAACGCAAUCGAUUUGCGAACUUUGUGACGACACUGAGGUCAAACGUCGUUUUGAGGAUUUUAUUUUGGAUCUAAGAAAUGUUCCAAAGCACCUGAGAAAACUCCUAAUGUUCAGGAGACUUUGUGUUGAGAUCUUCAAUGAUCCUCUCGUGCCAUCUCGUGGCACAAUUGAGAGGACACACACACACACACACACACACACACACACACACACACACACACACGCUCCUCUCCAGGGUUUUUUUGGCCACAAGUUGAGCUACACGUCAGAGUGCAAGCCUUGGACUGGUGAGCGGACGUGUGCGAUGACCUCAGCAGUUUGUGCGCAUCAGCUGACGCUGGCACACACCGGAAGACAUGCAACGGAAGGUGGAAAUGCCGAUCAACGAAGGGUUUUCCAUCGCUGGCCCCUCAUCCACUCCCCGAAAGCGGCAGGUACGUUUUUCCGCCCGCCAUGACAUCCUGCUCCUGCGUGAGGUCAUCGCUCAGAACCCGUUCAUCUCGAAGGAGUCGGGUCGGAUCUGGGCUCGAGUGGGCGAGAUCGUCACGGCGGCGCUGCAGGACGAGAACUUCGAGGUGGACGGACGCAGGUGCCGCGAGAGAACCAUGCUGCUGCUGGACUACUACAAAAAGCAGGAUUUUCCCAGCCUGCGCAGGUUUGGCACGGAGAGACUCUACGCUCAGAAGGAGGACCUGCUGCAUGAGGUCCUUGAGCUUGAAGCUGAGAAGAACUUGAUAGUGAGUGGUGAAGGGAAAUACCAGGAUGGAGAGAUGAAAAAGCGAUCGCUGGAGGAGCUCACGCUGCCGGAGCCGGACAAACCCACCGUGCUUCCGGUUGCUGCAGCGGCGCCUACAGCGUCGGGCUCAUUGGAGCCGGAGGAACAGGAGGACCUGGUGGAGCUGUCGGCGCCUACAGCUAAGCGGCCGUGCCAGUGCUGCUGCCAGACGUACUCUGAGAUCCUGAGCUUCCUGGAGAAACGCUCGGAAGCCGAGCAGCGGUUGCGUGAAGAAGAGAUGGCACUCCGCAGAGAAGAGCUCGAGAUCCAGAGGAGCAAAAUCGCCCUGGAGCGCGAACGACUCGGUGCUGAGAGGAAGGAACGUGAGCGGCGCUUUGAGCUGGAGAGCCAGGAGAGGCAGGUCAUUCUCGACCUGCUUAAGGAGAAAGUUCUCAAGAGCGAAAAGAACCCAGAGUGCUGAAUUUUUCUUUUUUAAACACAACUUAGCAACAAGUAGUAUGGACUCGUUUUGCUAACACUUUUUUUCCCUACUUUGUAUUUGUGCAGGAGUUUUUAAACAAUGAAUUCAAACAAUUUAUUUGGGGACGAUGUAGAUAGAUAGCGGACUGUUGUGUAGUAGCUAGCUGACACCUAACUCGCUUAUUAACUUAAUUUCUACAUCGUAGCACUUUACAAAGGGUUUAUCACAAACACUAGCACUCGAGUUUAGGGCUCAGUGAUUUGACAAAAAAAACCUAAUCACGAUACAUAUUUCUACGAUAUAUUGGUUUACUAACAAACUGCCAGCAAAACAGUAAAUUGUUUUUAAUCUAUCUAAAAAAGAAUGUAUUCAAAAUAUAAAAAAUUAUAUGAAUUAACAUUAAUUAAAUUUGUAAAUAAAUUACAUAUGAAUUUUUUUUAUAAAUAAGGAUUCAGUAAAACAUCAGUUCAUUCAAUCAGGCUUUAUGAGAAUUAUCAUAAAUAAAUAAUGUAAAAAAAAAAAAAAAAGCUAUAAUUUAUUACACUUAUGCUAAUGUUUUUAUCUGUAAUGAAAUAAAAUGAAAUGGGAACACGGUUGCCAGUGAGAGCACAAAGUCACCAAAGUCGCUAAAGACAUUGAGCGAAACCGUGUUCGUUUACACGAUCGUUCAAAAGUGACGACUUUUUUUUAGUACUUAAUAUUUCAUCAUGAAUUUUUUGAAAACGAACUUCUCUAAAUUGUAACUGAUAUCUCACAGUUCGAUCGUAAAGUCCGUAACGGUAAAUGAAGAAUCUUUAGCUAGCAUUGCUCUGCACGUAUUAGCUAGCUACGAUGAGAGAAACCUAUUUAUGUUUAAUGGUUUUUAUUAAAAAGUGCGACAGCAAAUACUGUCAGCAGAAAGAUCGGCAAAAUCACGUACUUUAGCCUAAUCUUAAAGAACUCUUGCAAAAUUUUUUGCGAUUGAAAAUUUUUGUAAUGUAAUUAAAAAUGCUGAAUGAUUGUGUUUAGAAGAUAAGCGGUUAGAUUCGAUUGGUCGAUUUCGAGCACAUAUCGCCUGCUAGCAUACUUUUCGUCGUUCCUACUGAAAAGCAUUUAUUCCUAUAGCAUGACAAUAUCUCGUAUAUGAGGUCAUGGGCAUCGGUGAAGAUGGAAGUUGAAAGGAAAAAAAUAGCUAGCUAGCUUUAUUUAGCUGCUUUCUUUAUCAUAAAAUACUAAGUAUGGGCGCUAAAAUCCAGUCAUCUCGCUAGUUUGAUAGUUUCCUGAGGUAACCGCUAAUAAACUGUUCUAGAGAUCUCAUGCUACGCAACCGGUUCUUUUUUUUUUGUUGCUAGCUCACAGGGGAACGUUUUGGCAGCAAGCUAGGAAAUAUUAAGCUUUUGAAAUAUUGAACUAGCUUGUUAUGUAAAUUGUUUUAUUUUUAUUGAUUUUAUAAAUACCCUCUCAAGAUCGCUGAAUCUACUUAAGAACUACUUUAUUUUGUAAGUAGAACUAAGCUAACCUCAUUAUCAUGCCAGGAGAUAUGUAACAUUUAUUUAUAUAUUUUUUUGUGGCUAAUUCAUUGUAUCGGAAUUAAUACCAGCAACUGAGUUUGCUAAUGUUCAAGGUCACUAGCAAUUGUUUCAUUGUGUAAGUGCAAUAAAAAGCUAAGCUAAGCCUAGCUCAUCGGCAGGCUAGAUAGCGAUGUGUAAACUA